AUGCGGAACGCAUACAGCCAUACUGUUCAAUGUUGUAAUAGCGCCAAACUUCGUCCUAGGUGUGUUGUUCAGCCACGGUCCACAUCCAAGGUCGCUAUAGCCGUUAAAGCACUCGUGGAUGCAGACCAGGCAUUUGCCAUCCGUGCUGGUGACCAUAUGAACUGGGCAGGCAGCAACAACAUCAACAAUGGCGCAACAAUCGAUCUGGGUCUGCUCAAAGAAACUACUUACGACGUUGCAGCCGGCACGGCGGACACAAGCCUGGGCGCUAAGUGGAAGGACGUCUAUGAAGAGCUUGAAAAGGAUGGACGAGUCGUGGCCGGUGGUCGUGAGGCAGAAGUUGGCGCAGGAGGGUUUUUGCUCGACGGCGGGAACACGUUCUACGGCUUGGGUCAUGACUUUGCGUGCGAUAACAUCGUAGCGUACGAAGUUCACAACGCCGGCGAGCAUCAAGAUCUCUUUCAAGUGCUCAAAGGGGAAGGCAAUAACUUUUGGGUUGUUACCAAAAUUACCUUGAAGACAUUGCUCAGUGGCCCGAUUUGGGAUGGCUUCGCAGCCUUGCCAGCGGCUGCUGAGGCCGUCGCCGACUUCACCGCUCGCGCAUCCGGGGACCGCGACAGCACGCUCAAUCUCACUGUGUGCCAUAUCCCUCGUCUUGGUGGGGCCGCUGUCGUUUGCGCGGCUCGCCGAUAUUCCCAAGUCCUGACUUAUACAUCGUUGUCGACAGAUCACUAUAAUGUCUGGUACACCCUGUGUUUCAAAAACGAUGUCUCAAUCAUUAGCAAAGCAACGGAGUUGUAUCGUGUGUUAGCUAAACAGGCUGAAGAAAAGGUAACCGAUGGGGACUUUACAGCAUAUCUCUCGCUGCAGCCGAUCCCGAGACUCUACUCGCAGCACUCAGUAGCAGCUGGAGGCAACAUGUUUGGCCUGGAAAAUUAUACGCACGAUGCUACUUUUAUUCAGGCCAGCAUCAGGGUCUGGACUUCUGAACUGACAGAGUGGGCUGGUCCAGUAGUUCGAGAGACGGUUGAUGGCAUUCACGAAUACGCCGCUGCAGUGAUAGACGGUAUUUGCCCCUUUCUCUAUCUCAACUAUGCAAACCCUGAACAGAAGGUGCUAGAAAGCUACGGCGGCAAUAGCCUUGAUAAAAUGAGGAACGUGUCUUCUAAGUAUGAUCCGACUGGUGCAUUCCAGAGAUUGUGUCCUGGAGGUUUCAAGCUUGCAAAUGUUAAGAGCUGA